AAGCCGCUGGAUUUUUUUAUUGCGCUUGAGCCUGCAAAGCGGAUGUGACGUUUUGUAUGACCGGUCGAUUGUCAGUCGAUUGCACCACUAAAUGUAAAGUAUCAAAGAUGUAAAGGCCUCGUGCAGUAAAAUAUCGUCCCUCAAAACAACAUGGCGGACGAACUAGCAGGAGAAGUCUCAUCUUUGAUGGACGAAAAACAACCUGUAAAUCCCGGCGAUUCUAAAAAGAGCAACAAAAUUUGCUUCUUCUACGCCAGAAAUAAGCGUUGUAAGUUUGGAGACGAGUGCAGGUUUGUGCAUUCAGAAAAAAAAAGAAAAAUUUUAAAGACGACCUCAGGGGAAAGUCCUGAAAGCGUUGUGGAAAGUUCAGGUUUAUCGAUGAAUGAAAAAGUAGAAAUUCCGACGUCAGUUUCGUCAGAAAUAAUGAUAUCUGCACAAGAAAAUUCAGAAGAUACAAACGAAGGAAUUGUCAAAGAACCGUCUAGCUCUGAAGACUUGGAUUCAAACCAGACAAAGUCACAUGAUGAUCACCAAAUAGCAGCCACAGAAAGGACCACAGAAAGACAUGACUCAAAAGAUAGCAAAGAACCAAAAAGAACUUCCAAACAGCGUUGCCGAUUCUUUUCCACGAAAGCAGGAUGUGCCAGAGGAGAUGCGUGUAAAUUUUCUCAUGCAAAACCUAAAAAUCACAGAAAACAGCACAAGGCUCCCAAAGAGCAAAACRUGCAAAACCAAAAAGCUAAGGAAGGGGAUGGUAAAAAAGAAACUACUAAAGAUACAGUAACGAAGCUAAAAGCAAAUGAAAAGCAAGGUAACAGAACCAUAACGAGGGUUGUACCAACAUCUACAAGGCUUUCAAUGCUAGAUGACAAUGAAGUAAAGAAUUUAAGGACCAGAGAGCUGAAUCAACUGGAGCGAGGGUUUGGGAAGCUUGGACUGAAGACUGUGAAUGAGAACAACCAAACUACAUACUAUAUUAACUUUACUCCUUCAGAUCCUGAUUGGCCUUUUGACAUUGAAGUCAUUCUUUUAGCUGUAAUCUUUCCGGAGAAAUAUCCAAAAGUGAUGUUUAAGGCAUUCUUGUCAGAGGAACAGGAUCUUCCCUUGGAGUUGAUAAGAUUUACAAACAAAGGAAUAUCAAGGUGGUUGGAACAGCAACAAGCUGCCAGAAGCACCAAAGACACUGUGGAUCUUCCAUUCAGACCCUUCCUAAGAUGGUUAGACAGAAAUAUUGAAGAACUUUUUAUUGAAGCUGCCAGAGAAAUGAAGAAAAAGGAAGCAGUAAUGGAUGCAAAUGAAGAAGAAAGCUUAGAUAUGAAUGAGUCUUAUCAUGAGGAGGACAGUUCCGAGAGAAAGGAAAUGCUUAAACAUGAAAAAGGAAAAGUUGAAAGUGAUAGUGAAAACAUGGACCCAAAUAAAGCUAAAGAACAUCAUAGAAGCAGAACAGAAAAGAAAACUCAGCAGAAACAAAAAAGGAAAGACAAUUCUUAUUCUUACACAAGUUCUGAACGGAAAGAACUUCUCCUGUCUGACUUUUUAACUUUCAAAAAACCCAACAAAAAUAAGGGUAGUAAGGAAGCUGUGUCCAGUAAAGGUUCCCAUGGUGAUAGAACACAAACUGAAGAUUCUCCAAAAGAUCACAUUGUGUUUGUUGAUCAAGACUUGUCACUGAAAAAAGCAGAGAAUCAAGCGCCAGAAAAUGCACAAAAUGACCUUAAGGUUGAUGGUGAAGAUACAAACUUUGAGAGUUACGAGGGAUACCAAAUCCAUGAUAUGCCAAAAGGAGAACCACUAAGUCAAGGUGUUGGUAAUGACCAACACAGGGGAACAGAAAUAAGAUUUAAGGAACUUGAACUAUCUGAGAACACAUCAACUCUGACCACCAACUUUGUGACAUUGAUGAUGGAGUGCUUAAAGUGUAAAACAAAAACAGACAUCAAAGUGGAAAAGGCAAGACAAGAAUGAUGUUCUGCUGGAGAAGCCCAAGAAGAAGCCCAAAACACCGGGCCUAAAAGAAGGAUUUCCUCUCCCAGACAAUGGUACUUGCAAACACUACAAGAAGAGUCACCGUUGGCUGAGAUUUCCAUGUUGUGGAAAGUGUUACCCAUGUGACAUUUGUCAUGAAGAACACGAAGACCACGAGAUGAAAUUUGCUAACAGAAUGGUCUGUGGAUUCUGCUCCAAAGAACAGCCGUAUUCACAAAACCCGUGCGUUGCAUGCAAUUCUUCUACGACAAAAGCAAAGACAUCGCACUGGGAAGGAGGCAGAGGAUGUCGUAACAAGACACUCAUGAGCAAGGGAGAUGACAAAAAGUUUAAGAAUACAAUGAAGACCACUUCACGAAAAGCACAAGCCAAAGAAACCCCGAAGGCUAAACCAAAAUAAUCUUGUAAAUCAAAAAAUGAAAGUAUAGAGGUAAACUACAACGUAAAACUUGAAGGUUGAUGAAAAAUUUUUCGAUAACAUUUGGUUGUCAUUUUUCAUGACAUUAUGUGACGGAUAUCAUUAAUGAAAACCGCCACGACUUAGAUGAUCACUUUGCUUGACGAUUCUUCCACUCAGGCAACUCCAGACACAUUUCAUCUGAUGUCUUGGUUAACGUCAAUCUAACUUACUAAAGAAUUCAUUGGAAUAUUACCAAGGUCUAUUAAUGCAACGUCUGAAGCUGUCGAUUAAGUUGGCAGAAACGCGCGGCAACUCUAAUAUAUUUUUGUAAAAGAAACGUGAAUGAAAAUAAAUGAUAUUAUAUUUUG